CUCACUUGCUGCAAAGGUCACCCUGAUGCGAUCCCUUUCCUCCCUCUUGUUUUGUGGGUUGGCAUCUUGAGAGUUGAUCCUCUCGCCCCUCCAUUCUCAACUUUCUCUGUUACCUGCGAGGAGCACAGCAAUGCCAUACACCUACCGGGACUCCAGUCCACGGGCUCCCCCUGUGCCCCAGAGUGCGCGUGCCACCCACUCUACCGGCCAAACCUACCAAGAGCUGAAACUUGAAUGCCAGCAGAAGGGGAAGCUCUUUGAGGACUGUGACUUCCCCACCAAUGACUCUUCCCUUUUCUUCAGUGAGAAGCCACCGGUCCCCUUUGUGUGGAAAAGGCCUGGGGAAAUUGUUAGUGAUCCAAAGUUUAUUGUUGGAGGUGCCACAAGGACUGACAUUUGUCAAGGUGAUCUUGGUGACUGUUGGCUGUUAGCAGCUAUAGCAUCUCUUACUCUUAAUGAAAGAACAUUAGCCAGAGUAGUACCACAGGAUCAGGACUUUGGACCAGGUUAUGCUGGAAUAUUUCAUUUUCAGUUCUGGCAACACAGUGAGUGGCUGGAUAUUGUUAUUGAUGACCGAUUGCCUACUUUCAAAGAUCGUUUGGUUUUCCUGCACUCUGCAGACAACAAUGAAUUUUGGAGUGCAUUGCUGGAAAAAGCCUAUGCCAAGCUAAAUGGAAGUUAUGAAGCUCUCAAAGGUGGAAGCACAAUCGAAGCCAUGGAAGAUUUCACAGGAGGUGUUGGAGAACUGUAUGAAAUUAAAAAAGCCCCAGAAAACUUCUAUGAGAUCUUGGGAAAAGCUCUUAAAAGAGGCUCCAUGGUGGGCUGUUCUAUUGACACCAGCAGUGCAGCAGAGACAGAAGCUCGAACUCCAUAUGGUCUUAUAAAGGGUCAUGCAUAUUCAGUAACAGGCAUUGACGAGGUCAGCUACCAAGGAAGAAAAGUGAAGCUUAUCCGGGUUAGGAAUCCAUGGGGUCAAGUAGAGUGGAAUGGUGCCUGGAGUGACAAUUCCCCUGAAUGGCAAUAUGUCAGCCCAUCUGAGAAAAAACGUUUGUAUCAUACAGCACUAGAUGACGGAGAAUUCUGGAUGAAGUUUGAAGAUUUCCAGUCCCAUUUUGACAAAGCUGAGAUUUGCAAUCUCACUCCUGAUGCCCUUGAUAACAACGAUAUUCAUAAAUGGGAGGUGACAGUCCACCAGGGCAGCUGGGUCAGGGGCGCCACGGCUGGAGGCUGCAGAAAUUUCAUAGAGACGUUUUGGACAAACCCACAGAUCAAACUGCAGUUGUCUGAAAAAGAUGAUGGAGAAGAUGGGUGCACAUUUCUAGCAGCUCUGAUGCAAAAAGAUCGCCGUAAACUGAGGAAACAGGGAGCAGAAAUGCUAACAAUAGGAUAUGCUAUCUAUGAGAGUCCCAGUAAAGAUGAACACUUGACAAAGGAUUUUUUCCGCUACCAUCCAUCCAAGGCCAGAAGCAAGACCUAUAUAAACUUAAGGGAAGUCUCUGACCGAUUCACACUCCCACCUGGAGAUUAUGUUAUUCUCCCUACCACGUUUGAGCCCCAUCAAGAAGCUGAUUUCUGCUUAAGAAUUUUCUCCGAGAAGAAAGCUGUCACUACGGAAAUGGAUGGAAAGGUUGACAUUGAUCUGCCAGAGCUUCCUCAGCCAACACCACCCCAACAAGAAACAGAAGAAGAAAAGCAAUUCCGGUCAUUAUUCAAACAAAUUGCAGGCGAGGAUAUGGAAAUCAGUGCAGAAGAACUUGAAUAUAUUCUGAAUGCUGUAUUGAAAAAAACAAAUAACAUCAAGUUCAAGAAAAUAAGUCUCCUUUCAUGUAAAAAUAUCAUUUCCCUAAUGGAUUCCAAUGGAAAUGGAAAACUGGAAUUCAAUGAAUUCAAAGUUUUCUGGGAUAAACUGAAGAAAUGGAUUGGUAUCUACUUACAUUUUGAUUCAGAUCAUUCUGGCACUAUGUCUUCCUAUGAACUUCGUCUUGCUUUAAAAGCAGCAGGGUUUCAGCUCAACAAUUAUUUGCUUCAGCUGAUUGUUCUUCGAUAUGCAGAUGAUCAGUAUCAAAUUGAAUUUGAUGACUUCUUAAACUGCCUCAUUCGCCUAGAAAAUGCAAGCAGGGUGUUCCAAGUGUUAAGUGCGAAAAACAGAGACUUCAUCAACCUGAAUAUAUGUGAGUUUAUCAAUUUGACCAUGAACAUCUGAAGACAUCAACCUGGUUUUCUCUGCCAGUCCCCAGUGUCCCUCUGAAGUCACAUUUGUCCUUUGUCCUAGAUCUCUUAAAAUCAUGUGGGCCUUUUGUAGUUUUCAUACUUUCUUAUAUUCACCCUGAUAUCAGAACUACAUUUUUUUAAAAAAACAUAGAUAUAGAUAAGUACCAAAUCUGUGUGUAUAUUUACUGCACAGGAAUCAUGAAUAUGUAUUUGAAUAAGGUACGAUUUAUACACACUGAAUGAGUUGUCAUAAGCAAUCACUGCCUCUUUAUGAAAGAUAAUUAUUUCAAUUGCUGGUAAACUUGCCAGAUGGGUGAAAUACUUUGUGUCCUCAUUUUGUUUUGUCAACUCUUGUCCAUAUGUUUAUGAGAAAAGCAGACUGCAAAUUUUCGCUGUCAUUAAAGGGCUGAUGAGUUUUGAUGAUGGUGGAGAAGGAGUCCACAUAAAACAAGGCAAACUACACAAAUGUAGUUAGGGACAAACUAUAUGAGAUGCCAGUUUCACAACUAGAAGCUAAUAAAACACUAUCUUCUCUCCCCCCCAAGACAUAUUCUUUAAAACUUGCAUGUCUACACAAUCUACUUGCAAAUGAAGUCCUUGAUUACCUCUAGAUGACCAAUCACCAAACAAAAACAAAGAAAUGUGCAGCUUUCAGAGCUAUAGGAAACCUUGAGGUAGGAAAAUCGAAUGUCCUUUACUUCUUAAGGAGGCUCUCCUCAUAACUGAGAAGCUGAGAAGGUUGCAAGUGGUGCAUAGUUGUUCUACAGAUAGAACUGGCCUGUUUAUAUCUUUAAAACCCUUGUAAUAGAGGUAGAACUAUCUGUACACCUCUGUUAUGCAGGUAAAACCACAAUCCUAGGAGUCUGAUGGGCAGAAUCCUAUUAGUUACGUAAUUAUAUCAAUGUAAAUACAAUGGUGUAAACUGCAGUGAAAAAUUGCCACUAGUUAACAAGCUGCCAAUUGUAUCUAUCGUUAUGCACCAGUUUUGUGACAACGUAUACAAGGAGCAAUUCUCUGCUCCACUGCACUUAAGAUGGCAUAAUUAGCCAGUAGGAUUCUGGUCAAUGUAUCAUAUACUUAUGCAUCCUAUUGAAUACAGCUGGAAUAUUUCAGCUCAUUUACUCUUGUCACUGCAGGCCCCAAAGUCCCUGAUAUUGCUCCCUCUAAACCAAUUAGGCGCAAUGAGCACCAGGAUUUUCCAUGUGGCUUUGCUACACACACUGUGCUUAUUGAUAUGACAAUGCAGUCAAAUACAACCCAUCUCACUCUUGUGCUUAUGAUGCAGGGGGAUUGAAAAUACAGCACAGUCAUUCACCAUUGCCUGGAAUCCAUCAGGAUGGGGAGUAAAAGUUCACUUGCACAUUAAAGUCACAGAGACAGUAAAUUAUCUCCUGUCUCUUUUGGGAUUCCAACCUCUUCCCAGCUUUCUGUUGCUAUUUAUGUUUUGCCUAGUAACAAGAAAAAUGAAUAAUCAGGCUCCAAAAUACACUGCCAAACUCACUGUUGCCCCAGUCUUACAAAAA